AUGCCGUGCUGUCGCGCUCCUCGAAAAAGCGAGGAGACAAGGCAACCUGGAGCGAAUCGCUUUUUGACAGCUUUGCUUCAGCAUCAGCAAAAUGAAGACGAACGCAAUCGCGGAACAAAGGACCUCAACCAACGCGCUCCAACCCCAAAACAACUACGUCAAGAAACGAGCGCGGAUCCCUCCUCGCCACGUUGUUGGAGUAAACUUUCGAUGUUUUGCAAGAAAGGCGCCUGA